UAAUAUUUUUGAACAGCGUAACAUCUCUGAACAGUGUGAUUAGAAAAAUAGUUUAAAUAUUGCCCAUUAUUCGGGGAUGUCAGUUCAACGAAGGGGAAUUAAACACAGUGGACUGUUUAUUUUCAUUCCGGCCUUUCCCUCGGUGUCUAUUUGCCCCCGGAAGUGCUCAUUGUGUUUCCGGCUGAAACGGGGAGCGGUUGCUGCGACAACGGACUGAGGAUGGAGCUGUGUGAGAUCCUGUAUAACAAGGCGGAAUAUAUCGAGACGGCCUCUGGCAACAAGGUGAGCAGGCAGUCUGUGCUUUGUGGAAGCCAGAACAUUGUUUUAAAUGGCAAGACUAUUGUUAUGAACGAUUGCAUCAUCCGUGGAGACCUGGCGAAUGUGAGGGUUGGACGGCACUGCGUCAUCAAGAGUCGAAGUGUCAUACGCCCACCUUUCAAGAAAUUCAGCAAAGGGGUUGCCUUCUUCCCACUGCACAUUGGAGACCAUGUGUUCAUUGAGGAAGACUGUGUGGUAAAUGCUGCUCAGAUUGGAUCCUAUGUUCACAUAGGGAAGAAUUGUGUUAUUGGUCGAAGAUGUGUUCUGAAAGAUUGCUGCAAAAUUCUGGACAACACUGUCCUUCCACCAGAAACCGUGGUUCCGCCUUUCACUGUCUUCUCAGGCUGUCCAGGCCUGUUUGCUGGUGAGCUCCCAGAGUGUACACAGGAGCUUAUGAUGGAUGUCACAAAGAGUUACUACCAGAAGUUCCUGCCAUUGUCUCAGAUAUGAGACAUGGCUUUACUUCAGAGCACUACAAGUACAGAAUCCAGUUAAUUGGGGACCUGAAAGUGAACAGCUGGAAAAACGGCCCAAAUUCUGCCUGAGCACUUCAAAGUGAUGGAGUGGCUCUAACAUGGAGAAGCUCAAGUCUUCUAAAUGAUAAAUGUGUUCAUCUUUGGUCUGAUGAAGACUUGCUGCUGCUCCACACUGGGAGUGAUUCUCUAUGUCUAUGUCGUCUUCAGUUCGAUGUUAAAGCAUAAGUUGGCUCUGCAUAAUACCACAGAAAAUUCAGAGCCCCAAGAAUAUAUUUAUUUGACGAAAUGUUAAAUCACUGAUCCUCCUACACACUAACUGGAUUUAAUCCGUUUCUAGUUUGGAAAAGACUUCAGUUGUGACUGAAUGUAAAGAUCGUACGAGUUCUGUCUUUAGAAUUCACUUACACUAGGUUUAGUGUUUGUCUGAAAUGCCCUUCAGAUUAACUAGUACUUACUAUUUGCAAAGUUCGUGACUUUAAUCUGCUUGACUACCAACACCAGUUGGAAUUCUCACUGAUUCAAUUAUUACUCAGAUCUCUAGCGGGCAGGAUUCUUGGACAACACCAGUGAGUAGUGCAACAUGCAGCAUUAUGUCAGGGCUUUGGCUGUUUCUUGGAAGCUGGUGAGAACUAGGGGGUGGAUAGGUGUAUAGUAGGGCAUCGACCCUUCUUUCAAAACAGCAGUAGUGUUUGAUUACCUGAAAUGUAACUAGUUUGUAUGACAGAACUUUCAUUAAAGACCAAUUCCUGAGGCAAGGCAUGUUGCCUGAUGAAAUAGUAUGACCUAAGGGAAUUGACUCCAUGGGGAAACUAAGGAUAGACAGCAUUUUGUUUGAGCUUUAACUAACAAAUAAAAUUUAGUUUUUGAGGCUACUGCAGUGAGCAUGCUAUGUGAUAAAUUUAACCCUGCUUAUAGAUAUGUGCAGUAUCGUCUAGCAUAGCUAUGUGCACUUUAAUCCUUCUAACUAAAGACUUAACAGUCCAGAUUUGGGGAUCUUGAGGCAAGCAAAUAGAGUAGAAGUCAGUGUUGGUUUUGGACACUGAGCUCCCUGGUUAUUUGGUUGUUCUUGAUCCCCACCCAUGGCUAAUGGAUGUUGAGGAACUGGGUAGCCUUUUAGCAUCAACUAGGGUGACCUGCCUCACUCACUCGAAUUGGUCAGUGCUCCAUAAAUUGACUUUGUGGAAGGCAUCGUGUAAUCCCAUAAUUCUGUGAGUACAGGUCAUAUCACUGCUAGGAGUAAGAAUUAUGCAAGAUUCUGAACUACAGGGUUACAUUUAAGCUGUCUUUUUUUUCUUUCUUUUCUGCUGUUUAUCUUUUUUUUAAUGAUUCUUGUAUCCUGCCAAUUCUUUGUAUAGUAAAUGAGUUGUUUGAAGUUAAACGUAUGGACAGUGGCUAGUGAGAACUUGCAAUAUAACAUUCACUAAUUGCAGUGGUACAAGAAACACCACAAAGUAAAUGGAUAUCAGUGUUGCUUGAUGCAGUACAUAUUGUGAAAUUUCACUGUACCCAGCCCCAACCAAAAUCUGUAUGCAGCCUAAUUUACUGCUGUUAUCAACUGCGUGCAGUACCUAGUCUACUUGUCUUUCUUUGGAGGGAGAACCAGAUUCUAUACUUUACUUUCCCAUGCCAGUACUGUCCAGGAUGUUUUCAAACUGGUUCCUUAUGCAGUCCACUCUGCAUGCAACACUUCAAAAGAAACUGGGAUAAUAGAGCACUAGACUUGGACCUGUUGUGUCAAUCGCAUCUGUCAAAGAAUUACAAAUUGGAAAAUGACAUGCAAAUGUAAUAAAUGUUUGUGGUUACAUUUU